AUGGGUCUUGGAUUCAACAAGCCGGCCGACGCGCCUGGUAAGGCAUGGCCGGCCAUCUUGAUCGGUCUGUUCGUGGCCUUCGGAGGUGUUCUCUACGGAUAUGAUGUACGCGCUCUCCUCAAUUUGACAGCCUCAGUAUGGUUGCUGACUUCAAGGACAGACCGGCACAAUCAGCGGUAUCCUGGCCAACGACUAUUGGGUCAACUUGUUCAAGACAAAGGGGAACGACGGCAUCACUGCAGGCCAAGACUCCUUGAUCGUCUCAAUCCUCUCUGUCGGCACCUUCUUUGGCGCUCUAUCUGCUGCUCCUGUAGCGGAUACUCUCGGCCGACGAUGGGGUCUGUUGCUGUCGUCGUUGAUCGUCUUCAACGUGGGUGUCAUUUUGCAGAGUGCUGCGACCGCCCAGCCUCUCUUCAUUGCGGGACGAUUCUUUGCUGGUUUGGGAGUCGGCCUGAUCUCUGCCAUGAUUCCUCUCUACCAGAGUGAGACCGCGCCGAAAUGGAUUCGUGGUGCGGUCGUUGGUGCUUACCAAUGGGCCAUCACAAUUGUGAGUAGAAUGUUCCCGUCGAAACGGUGGUCCCAGCUGACAUGGUGUUCAGGGUCUCUUGCUUGCGUCCAUCGUCAACUAUACCGUACGAAACCGACAAGAUACUGGAUCCUACCGUAUCCCAGUCGCCGUUCAGUUCGUCUGGUCGUUGAUCUUGGUGAUUGGAUUGAUCUUCCUCCCGGAGACCCCACGUUUCCUCAUCAAACAGGACAAGCACGACCAGGCCGUUAAGUCUCUGGCAAAGAUUCGACGUCUGCCUCCGGACCACUCAGCGAUUGUCGAGGAGAUUGCCGAAAUCCAGGCGAACCACGACUACGAGAUGAGCUUGGACAAGGCUACCUACCUCGACAUUCUGAAGGGCACUGUCGGCCAGCGUCUCCUCACUGGAUGCUUGUUGCAGGGUCUCCAACAGCUGACUGGUGUGGUAAGUGACCUCGAGGAGAUCGUACCCGAUCCCCGAUGCUAACCCCUCGAGCUCAGAACUUCAUCUUCUACUACGGAACCCAGUACUUCGAGAACGCCGGCUUCAGCAACCCCUUCAUCAUCUCCGUCAUCACCAAUGGCGUCAACGUCCUCUCUACAGUCCCUGGUCUGUACCUUGUCGAGAAGAUGGGUCGUCGCAACCUCCUCCUCAUGGGAGCAGUCGGAAUGGCUAUCUGUCAAUACAUUGUCGCCAUCACCGGAACCGUCACCGAUACUGACAAUAUUUCCGCGCAAAAGGCCGCGAUUGCCUUUGUGUGCAUCUACCUCUUCUUCUUCGCCUCCUCCUGGGGACCUGUCGCUUGUGAGUUUUCUCUUUGCCUGAAAGGCGCCACACAUGGCAGUGGCAGGGUGUCUGACUAGCGCGUACAGGGGUUGUGACUGGAGAAAUGUUCCCUCUCAAGGUUCGAGCGAAAUGCCUGUCCAUCACGACCGCGACCAACUGGCUCCUGAACUGGGCCAUCGCUUACGCCACUCCAUACAUGGUGAACAAGGAAUACGCCAACCUGGGAAGCAAAGUUUUCUUCAUCUGGGGAAGUUUCUGGUAAGUUCGCUUUCAAACCAUAUAUAUACAUAUCUCUCCGCGAUUCCGACAUCACGCACUAAUACGAUGUUCUCCUCUCUCUAGCUGGGUCUGCAUCGUCUUCGUCUGGUUCAUGAUCUACGAAACCAAAGGCCUCACCCUCGAAGAAGUCGACGAGCUGUUCGGCGUCUGCCGCAAGGCCUGGGAAAGCCACAAGUUCCGCCCGCAAGUCAGCUUCAUGGACGUCAACGAUAUGAAUGCCGGCGGCGGCCGCAAGAUGAGCUUGACGGAGAUCACCGAGGCGGCGCAGAGGAAGAAGGGCGUCACGCAUCUGGAAGUCACGGCGGAGAAGCAAUCCGAGUAG